CAUAAUAUUUAGAUCAUAGAUUUAAUUAAAUUAGACACAUAAAAUUAAUAUAUUUUUCAGUACCAUACCCUUCCCAUAAAAAAGGAGGGGAUUAGUUAUCGUCGGAAAAAUGAAUAAUUUCGGAGAAAUUAUUGAACCAUCAAGCCGAACUACUUGGGAAGAUUGGGAUGAAAAUAACAGUUCUACAGAUACGCAAACCAAUUUACAAUUUCAAAAACACAUUGAAAUUCCAAAUGAUAUUGAAAUAUUUAUUUUACUGGAAGGAAAGUAUUUAGCCCAUUCAAUAAAACAGAAUGUAUGCAAUCUGGAACUCAUAAACUCAGUACCUGAAAUCAGCCUAAAGAUUUAUAAAAUGCACUCCCUCGAAAGUUAUGUAUGCAUUAUUUACGAUUAUGACAUAAUUUGUAGUAGUGAAAUAAUUCAUUUACUAGAAAAAUACAUAACAAACAGCAAAGAAGUUAUUUCGAUGAUUACCAAACCUUUAGUUGAAUAUGCUACCUCAGAAGUCUGUCAUGAAGAAUGUGUAAUUAGAAGAUUAUCCACUAAAAAUUGUAAGAAUUCAUCAUUAAGUAAAUAUCCAUGCUUGGAACAACCAAAUAUAAUAUCUGGAAUUUCUGCAGGAGUGGUAUGCUUAAGAGAACACCUGGACUUGUCAGCUUUGGCACUAGUGUUUUAUACUGAAUACCCUGAAGAACAUGAACAAAACGAAAUACACAAGAUACUGGAAAAUUUCCAUUUCAAAUUUAAUCCAAAACCAAAUGGCAUAUUGAAUUCAAAUUUAUACAUUUGAAAUUUUAAAAAAGGUCGCUGAAAAAUUAUACUAUUUUUCUUUAAAUUAAAAAUGAACGUCAAUUUGUGAAAACAAUAUUUAUUUCAAAUUAUUAUAAAGUAACAUAAUAUGUAAUAUGAUUUAAUUAUACAUGUCAUACUAAAGAAUUAUACAUAUAUUUGAAACAGUAACAGAAAUUUCUAUAUUUCAUAAAAUAAACACAGCCCCUUCAAACUUAUUACUUACACAAGCUUGGAUUUUGUAUAAUAACAGGACAUAAAUUUGUCGUUUUUUUAAAUAGCUGGUGAAUGAACAUGUUUCUUAAAUAAUUACAAAGGUGCUUGUAUUUUUUAUUCUUUUCUUAAAGACAAUUCCUUUUUAUAAUUUCAUUACAGAAUACACUUUUAUAAUACUAUACUAUUUUUAUUCUUUUUUUUCUUUUUUGCUGUACAUACAUCCAUCCAUGGGCUUCAAUUGCUCUGUUAGGCAAUAUAACUAUGACCCAGGCUGUGUUUCAUUUACCAUAAUUGUCAUACAUUAAUUUAAUACACUGGAUUGGUAAUAUAAAAUUGAAUCGAAAAACUUUUUUUUAUCACAAUAGUAUAUCAAUAAAUAUAUUUUAUACAUUCUAAAUAUCUACAUAACAUUAUUGUUUUACAGUUAAAAUUAUUUAUGAUAAUGUAGAUCCUAAAGACAAACUUUUUAAAGUCAACCUACAAUCAACAUACAGAUUUUUUAAACUAUAUUGCUGUUAACUUUGAUGUUAUGAAUUCCUAAUAUUAUUAUGUAUGUGCAUAAUACCAAUUAGUACUGAGCAAUAAAACUACGCAAUUUAUUAUACAAUUCAAUAUCAGUGUUUCCACAAUUACUAAGAAAACGAUUAAAUUAUUGAAUAAACCAAUAAAACCAAAAAAUAUUUAUAUUAUAAAAAAUAACCCAUGAAAUUAUAGAAGAUCACAAGUAUUCAAAAACAGAAAAUAUAAUGAUAAUAGCAGGAGAUAUUGACGUCAAUAUUAUACAAUAACAAAAAAACAGAACAUUAUAUAUUCUUUUAUAAAAUUAAAACAUUAAAUAUUUCACAGAUCCUUUCUCUUAUUUCUAGACUAAAUUACUGCUUGUUCUAAUUCGAAAGUGGGCAAGAUAAGAACUGAUCCAACAUUUAAUUCUAUUAUAAUCAAAGACUAGAAUUUAACACUUUUUUAAUGUUUUGAAGAACCGUUUAUUAUUAUUAUUAUUUUUAUGAAUGACGUAUUACUGGUCGCCCGUAGGCCUUUCCAGAUUCAGCAGGACAGGUGGGCGAGCAAAGGCUCAGUCAGGAGGGAUUAUUUUAAAUUAGCAGUAUACUCACUAUUAUUUAUAAAGAUAAAAAAUGCACACUACAGUAUAUAUGCAUUACCUAUUUAAGACUAAUUAUGUAAAAUUUGAAGAGAACAGAUUUCGACGAACUGCUUUACCGAAAUCAAGAUAAAAUAUUUGUGAAGAAGUGGAACUACAUAUCUUCAUGUAAUAAAGGAGUGAAAAUAAUGGAGUGUGCUAAGGUACGCUUUACGAUUAAAGCUGCGUAUCGAUUAAGCGCGCCAAGAGAUCGAACAUUGGUGCGCGCUCCAGCCCCGCGAAAUGGAUACCAUUUUGGAACGCGCGCCAAUGUGUUCGUUGGAGCGCCCGAACGCGGAGCGGUCCGUUCCGUCGGCUGUCGGUUUUUUACCACGCAUCAGUCGCGGCGCGCGCGCCUAUUGCGACGAACACGUAUUUUUUUGUGUUUGUGCGCUCCCAUUAUGGAUAACCAAAGUAGCCGUAAGUUAAUACAACUGUGUGGUACAAAAGAACUGCUGUGGAAUAGCAAAAGUUCUUCAUAUCACAACAAAUCGCUGAGAGAAGACGCUUGUAGAGAAGUCAGUAGUGAAAUGGGAGUCCCUGUGCCGGAGUUAAAGAAAAAAAUGACUGUGCUCCUAUCAUCAUACAGAAGAGAAAAAUGGAGAAUAUCUAAAAGUCAAAUCACUGGCUCUGGUCACUCCAUACUGCAUUCUUUUUCGGUACAGCUCUUUCAUCCAUCAACGCAUUUUUCGUUUCUCCUUUAUCUUCUUUAUAAUACUGUGAAUAAUUACAAAAGCUGCUGCUGCUCCUACACGACUGGCUUCAUGAUGAAGGGUCAAACACUGGAACGGUUGCCACGCGCGCCAGGCGCGCUUAGUUGAUAUACCUCAAAAGUUUGGCACGCGUUCCGCGGAACGCACUCUCAGCGCGGUUAUUCAUGGCACGCGCGCCAGGAGCGCGUAGUCGAUACGCGGCUUUAACUUGGCCGCGGUGUAUCGCGUUCCGACCCGGCAGGCUUGGUCUGACCUAACGGAAUCUCGGAACACCAAGGACAUCGCCCGAUCAGCAUGGUAGAGCCGUCGACUAUGGCCCCGACGAUCCGUCGGUCGGGCAUCUUCGGGAUGGCGCCGCGAGUCUGGUUAUAGUGUUGAUUGCAGGAACCCCUCUACUCCGACCGGGUUCUGACCCCGGACGGAGAUCUGACGUCGGGUUUAAGAGUGCAGGGGAGUCGUUUAGUGCGGUAGGGCUCUAAAACUCCUUAGGUAGGCCCGCGGUCUGCUCCCAACAUCUGCAGACCGUCAAGCCCCACAUACCCCGCACGCUACCUAGGCGCGGCUCGGCUAGGCUCGAAGGAGGUUCGUCUCUUGGCCCGGAAAAAAAGCGCUUUACGAUAUUCUGGUUUGAAGUUUCUAGAUUACUUAUUUUAAAAUAAGUCAUGAAAGAUUGUAAUAUACAUUUCUGGAGUCGUAACCAUAGGCCUUGUGAACUGUGUUAAAUAACAUUUUCUAAUUAAUAUAACCUAACUUAUACUUACAAAAAGCUCUAUAGUCGUUUUUGAGAAUGCAAUUCUUUCCAUGGGAAGCUGCUCAAGGUUGAGCGAUAUUCAACAUUACUACUGAAGCCCAUAGAUAUACCUGGUUGGGAAUGGGGGAAACUCUUUCUCGAACGACAUCCCGAUAUUAAGCGGAAAGUAGCCCAUGCGAUAAGUCGUAAGCGCUCUCAAGUUACAUAGGACAUGGUUCAGAAUUAUUUUGAUUAUUUCCAUGAAGAACUCUAGGAUGUGCCACCAUCUAACAUCUUGAACUUUGAUGAAACUGGAUUCCAUGACAACCCCGAAAAACAGACCCUUCUUUUGAGAAGAUCUUGCAAGAAUCCAAAUUAUACUGAAUUCAACUAAGCCUGCUAUACGAUGUUUUGCUGUAAUGCCACUGGAGAAUUUGUGCCUUUAUACAUUAUCUUUAAAGCUAAACAAAAGUGGACCAGUUGGAUCCAGGGAAAUCCUGCUGGAACAUGUAUGGCAGUUACUAAAUCAGGCUGGAUAGAUGCUGCAACAUUUGAUGACUAGUUCGAAAACAACUACUGCCAGUUCUUCAACAAAAGGAAGGAGAGAAAGUACUCCUUGGUGACAAUUUGAGCUCCCACAUAACUCCCAAGAAAUUACGACUGUGUCAUGAAAAUAAUAUCGAAUUUGUUUGCCUCAUACCCAACUACACUCAUCUUCUGCAACCUCUCGACGUGUCAUACUUCAGCUCUCUAAAAUCCAACGGGCGGAAGGUAUUGGCAAAUUGAAGAAAAACGAGACGUGGUAAAGUUGCCAAUGUUUUACCAAAAGAGGUUUUCUCUUAGUUGCUUACCGAAACUUUAAAAGCAGGAAACGACACCGUUGCAAAUAAUGCUAUUGCUGGUUUUAAAGAAUACGGUAUACAUCAAUUUAACCAGCCGUGGUUAUGGAGAGAGGGACUAUUUCAAACCUAUUGAAGAAGUCCGCCAAGCAGUUGGAGAAAGUUUUAAACAAUAUAUCAAUGAAAUUAGGGAAGCUGAUUUGCAACCCAAACUAAAUUAAAAAAUCAGUUGCCUGUUGUUGCUGGCAAGUUUUUCUAUGGAGGCUGUGGAGAAAUAUUAUCAAUGGAAAUGAUUGGAAAACCCAAGGCCAAUAAGCGAACAUCGAAUUAUGGUGCGGAUAGUAUUCCUGGGCCUGUCAAGAAGAGAGGGCGACCGGUUGAGAGCACAAAAUAAAGCUGUUAAGAAAGUAGUUACAUCUAUCGUGGAUCACCCAACAUCACCUUCUUCCACUGUACUUCGCCCUUCUUCCCCAAUUCCUACAGCUGGUCCUUCAGGGAUGUGUAUGGCGACGUCAAAAGAUGUCAAUCAUGACGACACUAUAUUCGAAUUUCCUGAUCUAUCCUCCGAUAGUGUUUUGAUGGAUCCCAUACCAAUAUCACCAUCGUUAUGGAAUGCUGGCGUCAUUCAAUAUCAACAGAUAAAUUCUUCAUCACCAAUUGAAGUCGUUGAAAUAUAUAGUUGCAAUAUAGAAAAUAUUGAAGGAAAUUAUGAAAACCUUAACGGAAUCUUAGAAAGGGUGGACUUAAAUGGGAAAAAAUAUAGAAAUAUAGGAUCUGCGUCUACUGAUAAGGACGCUAGUAAAGUUAAUUUGGGAAAAGGAAACAGAAAACAGGAUUAUUAUGUCGUAAAAUAUGAAGACAUUUUAUUUCCGAAGCGUAUCAUUUGCAAGAAAGGAAAUACUGCAAAAAUAUCCGUCAUGAAAAGUCACAAGAUGGCUGGAAGUGGCCUCUAAAGCGGGACCUCAUCACUUGCCACCUGAAGAACAUAGUCAGCUUCCUAGAUGACCAGAAAAUUACCAAACUAAAGGACUAUUACUUGGUAGAUGAUCCGCUACUUUUCAUGGAAUGGAGCGACUAAACUCAUAUAUUUUUUAUUUACCUGGCAACUCAAAAAUAAAGAUGAUUGAGCGAUUUGAUUAACGUUAUUGGUACCAUUGGGAUUAGAUUACUAACAUGUGUUUAUUGUGAAAAUGUGAAGCAUAUGUUAGAUUUAGACUUCAUUCGUCGAAAAACUUUACAAUUUCUCCUGUAGAUUUAGCUAUAGCCAAACCUAUCUAUAAACACUAUCCAAGCAACUUUAGCCCUUAACAUUUUGACCAAUAUUUCUUUAUUUUUGUUCUCUUAUAAAAUUAAGUGUAUUUAUCUACAAAGCAGCUUUGGAUGCCAACAAAAACAAAUAAAACAUCAAAAUCCCUAAUUUCGAUUUUAUAAGCAAAAAAAAUCAAUUAUGGGUCAAAGUUACCCAGUAGCCAUUUCA